AUGUCGGAACCGACGCAUAAAAACGACGAUACCAAAUGGAAAGUCUUCUCAAUGUCUGAUAAAACACUCGGAAAAGAUCCGAAGUAUCCCAACUCGUUGACCAACUGGGUAAUAUCGGAUGAUAAAUCCCUUCAGCUGCUUCCCAGUCACUACGCACUCCCAGAAAACAUUCGAAAAACUCAGAAAAUGGAUUAUUUUCUGAUCGAUUACGACGAAUUGCGUGCAGUCGAACAAGUCGAAUCGCGUUUUCCGGGAUUCACGUGGAAAACGUGUGCAGAUUUCUUUGGGACUUUUGACACGUUUGCAAAGAUGCUGAAGAUGUUUGGCGGUGGUGUCCAGAAGAAAUUUUACCUUCGUGUAAUCUCUGCUAAUGUGAUGGGCGACGAGCAAUCAGGAGAAUCUAGAGUUUUUGCUGAUGAGGUGGCGAUUAUGAUCCCAUUUUUGAGGGAACAACAAGGAAUGCCUUUUGAGAACGCUGCAGAUGAGCAAGUUAAUAUUUUCAAAAGGUUGAAUCCAAUCGAACAAUUUUUUUCCACUAUCACGCUCAACGAUUUGGAAAAGUUGCUCGAAGAAUAUGAUGUUGACAAGUCGUUAUUGACUCUUGUUGACGAUCCCGUUCACGUCAUUGGAUGGAGAUCAUUUGAAAUGACGGGUACACCGUUCAAAAUUCUUAAUGCUUUUAGUACUCAAAUCAUCAGCAAAAAUCAGGCGAUACUGUACAUGUUUCAACACUUAGUUUGCGGCGUGAAUUGGGAAGGAGUUUCACUCAGUAUGAGAUCCCAUAUCAUUGGGGUCAUCGGUGCUUGUACUCUAUGUAAAAGUGGUGAUUACAUGGCGUUUCACACUGUAGUCAACCUUAUUGUUCUUAUGAAUCGAGACUCCUCCAAUUUCCACAAUGUCAAAAAAACGAAGGUCGACAUAAUGUACCAAAGCCAGUCUCCAAAUGAUCUGGUUGGUUAUGACGAGUACAAAGAAAUUGCUGCAGCUUUCAACUUGCCGCUUUACGUAUUUGUGAAUAUGAAAUUGCCGGCUCUGCCAGUAUGGAUGCUCAGAGCAUUGCUCACACUCGGAUGGCUUCACAGCAUAGUUCAAAAUGAUGUCAAGUUGCACGAUUUUGUCGCUGGCAUUGCUGAGGCAACCAUAACUGCUCUUAUGGCUACAAUUCCGAAAGUUGAUCGAAAGUUCAUUAGAGAUGUACAGAAAGAAGCUCUUGGCUACAUUUUUAAACAACUUGGAUUGAAAGAAGAACAAGGCAAGGUUUUGGAUGUCCAUGCCCAGCAACAAGAGGGAAAGAUUGAAAAAGAUUGUCCGGAAAAAAAUGGAAAGCGCAGAGGACAAAACGAUAAGAGAUAA